AUGUUUAGAAAAAAUAAAGAGGCUGAAGCAAAUGGCAAAGCUAUCUUUUUCUUGGAAAACCAACUACCCGUCGGUAGGACGUUGAAAGUAAACGAGAUCUUGAAGACAAGGAACAAGGCUUCGUUCUUGCCUCGUCAAAUUGCACAAUCAAUACCCUUUUCCAGCCGGAAGUUCCUAGAAACCUUCAAGUAUUUCUCACUGGAACCAAAGUCCGGCGAGGCUAAUCUAAUAAAACAAACCAUUCAAAACUGCGAAAUACCAGCCAUGAAAGGUGAACAAAGGUACUGCGCUACAUCUUUAGAAUCCUUGAUCGACUGGACCGUUUCCAAACUCGGGAAAAACUUCCACGUUUUGUCCAACUAUGUAGAGAAAGAGAUCGAAAACCGAGUGUUUGCCCUCGUCGUGUUAAGAUAG